GAGAAAAGUUACCAACAGGGUUCUUAUCGAUAAAGCUAUCGAUAAUCGCAAAGUUUCGCAGGCAGGGUAGGAUCGGGAUGGAGGGGGGUUCCUAUGCCGCUCUAGCACCGGUCUUAGCUAACUACAAACGCUAUCUACGCCGCCAAAAUAAUUAUUUCCAAGGAAAUAACAUCCUUAGCAAGCAAGUAUAUAGCUCCUCCUCCCCGACACGAUCUAGGCCGAUGGACCUAACCUCUCGAGUCCGCUCCCGGCUACAGCCUUCCAGCUGAGAUCUCUCAACCUCGUACCGCACAAUUGAACAACCCGGGUCGAAAUUCCACAAACUAUACCCCUCCAUCCAAACAGCUCUAUCUCGAACCAACCCUUCCGAAACCGCAACCGCAAAACAACAACCCUCACAAUGUCCCCCCAACCCCCCCAACCCCCCUUCGCAACAGCCCUUCUCGCCGGCGGCAUAGCAGGCACCACAGUCGACCUCUCCCUCUUCCCCCUCGACACCCUCAAAACCCGGCUCCAAUCGCACGCAGGUUUCUUCCCGUCCGGCGGUUUCCGCGGUAUAUACCGAGGCGUCGGGUCCGCAGUCGUAGGUUCCGCCCCCGGCGCCGCCUUCUUCUUCUGCACGUACGAGGGGGUCAAAGGCGCCUUAUCAGCACGCCGAUUAGCCCGGGGUGAGCUGGACCCGGUACACAGCACCGGCGCCGAAGCAGGGGGGACCUGGGAAGCGCCGCUCGAACACAUGCUCGCGGCGUCGCUGGGCGAGGUAGCGGCGUGCGCGGUGCGCGUGCCGACCGAGGUCGUGAAGCAGCGCGCGCAAGCGGGGUUACACGGGGGAUCGAGUGCCGCGGCGCUCGGGGCGAUAUUAUCGCAGUUUUCGACGGUGGGGUUUGCGGGGGUGUGGCGGGAGUUGUACCGCGGGUGGGGGAUCACGGUGAUGCGGGAGGUGCCGUUUACGGUGAUCCAGUUCCCGCUGUGGGAGGCGUUGAAGAGCUGGGGACGGCGGCGCAAGGUGGCGAGUGGGAGUGUGGAGGUAAGUGCGGGGGAGAGCGCGCUGUAUGGGAGUGUAUCCGGGGCUAUUGCGGCGGGGGUUACGACGCCGCUGGAUGUGUUGAAGACGAGGGUUAUGCUGUCGAAGGAGCGGGAGAAGGUGUUUACUGUGUUGACGGAUCUGUUGAGGAGUCAUGGUAUACGACCGUUCUUCGCAGGGAUAGGGCCUAGGGUUAUGUGGAUUAGUGCCGGGGGAGCCAUUUUCCUCGGGAGUUAUCAGUGGGCUGUUAACGCCUUGCAAGGGAACGUCAUAUGACGCGCUCACGACUGACGAAGUGAAGAUCGAGACGACUAGGUACAAACACAUCAGGGCUAAGAAGUGGUCCUCGUUUUUGUAUAUCCCGGGGUAUACCUCAGAGCCAUAAUUCAACACGGCGCUUGGGAG